AACAGUACCAGCAUGUAUGACCCGAAAACUGGUAUCCUCUUGACAGCACCGUUGGAUCGUCGACGCUUGAGAAAAGAUGCAAUCCCAUCGAAGUUGCCUGGAUGUCCAUCUUACUUGUCGAGUCAUCAAAUUGCAGUACGAGAGGAUCCAGAAAUUCGUAGGGGGCGUUUAGAAAAUCGUGCUCUUCAAAUUGCUAUCCAAGAAAGUGUGGACACACAUGCGAAAAUGAUUGAUGCGAUAUCGUUCGAUAGUUUAGAACAAAUGAAAACAAAGUUGAGUGAAUGUGAAAAGCACAGUGACUGGGUAGUGAUAAACAAAUCUGACAGUGUGAGCCUAGUGUUACUAAAGCAUAAUCCUUACCCAAGAAUUUUUUGCCACGUAGUUAUAAGCAGUGGUUUAUUACUCAGUGUCUUCAAUAAUGAUAUUGAAGUGAAAUGUAUUGGAAACAUGAAAUUUCCCAUGAAAGUAAACAACAUACAGGUGGUAAGUGAUGUUCUUAAGAACAUUUAUCUUCUGUAUAAUAGUUCUGAGGCUCCUGUAGAUAACAUUUUGUCUUUAAUUGACCAGUUAUUGCAAAAUUUUUUAGAAAAGUUACCAGGAAACGAAAGUAAAAUUACAUUUUUGAAGGAACAGAUUUCAUUUUUGAAGUGCAGAAGUUCAACUCAAUUUAGGUAUGAUACUAACUCUAUGAUAAUGUGGUCAUUAGUACAUUCUAUAAGCCCACAUGCUUACAAAUUUUUGAGGAACACUGACAGUUUUUCUAUGCCUAGUCCUAACACCCUUUCAAGGCUUUGUAGUAAACUCUCAACAAAUCCUGUCAUUGAGCGACAGGGUCAUCAGUUUAUGAGCUACAUCACAAAUAAAGUAGGUACUUUAUCCUCAGAUGAUAAAACUGUGCUCCUGUUGAUGGAUGAAAUUCAUCUGAAGUCUCAGCUUGAUUACAAAGCUGGAAAUGUUGUAGGAUGUGCCUUUAACACUGAAAAAUUUUUGUGUGCAACCAGCGCCUAUGUUCCUAGGUGGCGUUGA